GGAUACCGAUAUCUGAGAACGGUAUCUCAUUGAUAUUGUUCGACAGUCGUCAUUCUAUUAUCACGAAGAGUUCACACUUUAUCUACUUUUCUCAUUAAUUGUCACUCAUCCGAGUCUGUUAAUAUCAACAUGGCACUAGCAAAGCAAAUUCGCAAUGUGACCCUCGUGGGCGCAAACGGCACAGUCGGUGCACCAAUCUUGUCGUCUCUUCUUGCAGCAGGCCAUAAGGUAACCGUUCUCACCCGGCCUGGCUCAACCAAAGACUUCCCUGCUGCCGUGACGGUGCAUGUGGGUGACUACAGCGACGAGGAGUUCAUCUCAAGCAGCUUAAAGGACCAAGAGGUCCUCAUCUUAGCCCUGGCAUUCACCGCAUACGAUGCCCAAAUCCCACUGAUCAAAGCCGCAGCUAAAGCGGGCGUCUCCUACAUCGUCCCUUGCGAGUUCGGCUCUGACCCUACGCAUCAGAAGCUGAACGCCGCGAUCGAGCUCAUGAGCAUGAAAGCGCCAUAUCGCAAGCUCAUUGAGGAUCUCGGAAUCAGCAGUUGGAUCGGUGUGGUCAACAACCCCUGGGUGGAGUUCAGCAUGCGACUAGGACUCUACGGCAUCGACAUGAAGAAGAGAACCGCGACGCUCUACGAUGAGGGCAAUACCAAGGCGAAUUUCACAACACUUAAACGGGUCGGAGAGAGCUUGGCUGCCCUGUUGUCCCUGCCUGAGGAAGAUUUGGCCAAGCACAAAAACGAGUUCGUCUACUUCAGCUCCUUCUAUGCCAAUCAGAAGGACUUCCUCGCUAGUGCCAUGCGCGCAACUGGCACCACAGAGGAAGAUUGGACUAUCACCAAUACCAGCACAAACAAAGUCCUACAGGAUGCUCGCGAAGGCGAUCCUUCGGCACGCAUGAUGUUAUUGUUUGCCCUUGUGUUUAAGGAGGGAUAUGGAGGUGACUACAGCUCAAAAGUCGUGGACUAUGAGAAGUUAGGACUAGUAGGGGAGGAUCUUGAUGCUAUCAUGAAGGGUCUUGCCCAGGAGCUCGCUGCGUAGGCUGUGUGCGCCGUAUCUACAACGCAGACUGCAACAGACUCCUUGGAAGCUAGCCUGAAUUCACCACGUUCACGAGUUGUCACAAGUCUUGUUUCAUUCGAAUCACAUUGGCCUCGCGUCGGGUUUGAUUUUGCUACCCAACAACGACGUAGCUGAUACACAGAUAAAACAGGUUUUUAUCUCCCUUCGCAUCUUUAUUAGUGAUUUAAAGAAUGUCGAUGGAAUGAUCGAAGACCUGUUGAGUACAGAUGUUGUAGCUAUGAGACCUGCCAAGUUAUCCACUAGCACUAGGAGCCUGGGCUG